CUGCCUUCAACAAAAUCACUCUCACUCAUAUAAAUGGCGGCGGCAACAACAGAGGCACCAGCAGACCCUGGCAAGAAUGGUACAGAAGCCAAAUCUGCGUCAACCGGGGUCAAUGGAGUUGGCAAAAAUAAUGCACCAAUAAUAGAACCUAAAAAUUUAAAAUUUUCUCUCGGCGGAGAAAGUUCGAACGAAAAUUGGAAAUGGGAAUCCAGUGGCAAAGAGGUGGUAGCUCGGGCGGUGUCAAAUGUGAUAUGGCUAGAAGUGACGGGGGAAAAGGAAGUAGAUCCUAAAAAGAAGUACGAAGUGAUGUUUAAAGUAUCUUUGAAUGAAGAAUCUUCAUCAACUGAAUGGGAAAAUAUUCCUCUGUAUGUUAUGGCUAGGAGAGGGAAGAAGAGAGAUUAUUGUUGGAAAAAGUUUGUGCUAACCACCGUUACUCAACGCGAAAUAGGGUUGGUGAUUGACAAGGUAGCUUCUAACGAUGAUGAGGAUAAGAAGCUUUACUUUGGUUUAUAUGAUAUUUGGAGUGGGAAGCUCAAGAAAGGUUUGGUUAUUCACUAUGCAUGGGUGCGAGAGAUUCCUUAGCUUAAACCAUAAUUUCUACGCUAUCAAAGUUGUACAAAACAAAAACAAAAAUAUUAUGUUCAAUAUAUAUGCUAUGUGUAGUAGUGUUAAUGUGUUAUUGACAUGUGGUCUUAGCGAAAUGAAUCUUAAAUAAGCUAUUGGGGUUGAAUUUCAAUCUUUAUUGCAACGAGAGAAACACUUUAAUUAAGUCCUAACAUCGUAGUGAUUUAUUAUAAAUUGAAUCAUUUAGUAA